AUGGCCUGCAAAUACAGUCUCUGCAAGGACGCAUCCGGGAACAGCACCCCGGGCCGGACCUGGUUCAAGUGCACCACCUGCGACGGGAAGGGAAAAGUCUGGUCGCACAACGGCUGCGGGAGCUGCUACGGUGACGGUUACUUUUCCAACGGCAUGGGCAACCUGCGGUACCGCUGCCCAAAGAAAUGCCCGGUCGACUUUACAAAGACUUGCCCUCAGUGCAACGGAAAUUGUGGCGUGAUGAAUAAAUGCCCAUGCAAAGGAGGCUUUUGA